CAUUCUGCUUGCUGUGCUAUGCCACAUAGUCGUCCGCGUUCGGAACGUUCCCUUAGUCUUAAGGUCGAAGCCGCCUCAUGACGACAGGUAGACAAUAGCGUAUACGCUCGAGGAUAGCUCGGGUAAUCGGGUUUGGUUCCAUGUCGCUAAGACUUAUAGUGCAUUCGGCGGAGCAGGAAAAGGUGAGCGGGACAGGCGGAGUGGCUAGGAUUAGGAUAAGGGCUGGGCCUCCGAGCGAAUUGACUUCCAAUAUCUCUUCCCAAGACCUCCGCCACCUCCGCCUGAAGCCUGGAAGCCAAGCCUGGCAAGCCAUCAAACGUCCGGAACCGAAGAGUUGUGUCUUGAUCAUGUCCUCGACCACUACUGGCAAGCACGCCUUGCCAACACCAAGUACGGCAUGGCUACUAUUUCACUCCAUCGCCAAGCACCCAAGAGCCUGGUUGGUCUCUUGGCAGCUAUUGAGUCCACUGACGUAUUGUAGGAUAUCGCUGGGCGAGAAGAUGAAAAUCCAUUGGGGACGUCCAUCUAUAAGAAAGGCACAUGCCUGUCACUUUUGGACUUUUAGAACACUAUCAAAUUACCCCUCAGAUCAACCGUGGUUCGGUCAAUGAUAGACUACCACUUAUCUGUCAUCUCCAGUAUUUUACCACAUCUAAUAUCGAAAUUAUUUUAUUCUCA